GGUAUAUUUGGCGCACAUAAUGGCUGAAGUUGCGUCCGAAGCAGGCGGACGUAUAAAGGGUACUACUGUGGUGAAGCCGAUUGUGUAUGGUAACAUUGCUCGAUAUUUUGGGAAGAAAAGGGAGGAAGAUGGACACACCCAUCAAUGGACUGUCUAUGUAAAACCGUAUAAAAAUGAGGAUCUAUCGGGGUAUAUAAAAAAAAUUCACUUCAAACUUCACGACAGUUACCCCAACCAUAACAGAGUGGUAACAAAGCCUCCAUAUGAAGUCACAGAGACGGGUUGGGGAGAGUUUGAAGUGAUCAUCAAAAUCUACUUUGUGGAUCCAAAUGAACGACCAGUAACAGUGUACCACCUGUUGAAGUUGUUCCAAAGCGAGACAGACAUAAUGCUUGGAAAGAAAUCUUUGGUUGUGGAGUAUUAUGACGAGUUGGUGUUCCAGGACCCGACAGCCAUGAUGAAUCAUGCCCUCACCAAUACACGACCAAUGUCCCUGGGGACAUACAAACACGAGACAGAUUUUGAUGAACGAAAGGAAAAGACAAUUAAUAAUAUUAAAGCUGCCAAUAAGAAGAUUCGCUACGAGAUACAGGAACUUAACGAACGCUUGAAACAGAAAAAAGAAAAUAUCAACAAGCUAAAAGAACACAUCAACAAAGUCGAGGAUGUGGACAUACAGCCAGAUGUGGAAAGUGUAACGUGAUCUACCGAAAUGUGUGUCGUAUUUCAUCUCAAUCAGGAAAAUAUUUCAAACAUUCUGGAAAAUGUUGAAAUUGUACCAUAAUGAGAAAUCUGAGUUUUGUUCAGAUUUUUGAAAUAAUGGUGUGUGUACAUCCAACAAUGAUGUUCAAAACAAUAUUCGAGGAGAGGCAAUCCUGUGUGUUGUAAACAUGUUUGUGAUGGAAGAAAUCAUUGCUUUCUAUUAAAUGUUGACAAUGUUUCUUAUCGGAGUAUGUGUACUGAAAAGAGGAUCACAAUUAACAUGUAUCUACUGACUGGUGAAGUAAUAGUGACGAUAUCGAAUAGUAAAUUGUUCAAUUUCUGAGUUAUUCCACUUCUAAAAACAAACCAUUACAGAAGUAACAUAAUUCAGGGUGAGAAAAACCUCUGAUAGCCCAGGUCCUGUAGAUUUGGUCUGGGGGCAAGUAAAAAUUGGCGACUACUUACUGUAAACAUGGAAAUUUACGCGAGGGGGAAAUUUCCGCUAAUUACACAGUCCUUUUGAUCGGGAAAAUUUUCUCCACACAUAUUAUUUUGAUAUCAAUUUGCAUAAUCUCGAGCUACAAACGAAUGUGUAUUGAUCACGAAAGUUACGCCAAGGCGUAUAGUUUACAUAUUGAAAUCAUGAAAUUAACCCCUCGCGAAAAUAACCACAUUUAUAGUACCCGAUUGGCGAGUGUGAAAUCUCUCUUUUUAAGAGUAAUUUAAGAUUAAGAUACCACUAAUUCAGUGUAAAAAGACCACUACAUUUCAUCUUUGGGUUGGUUACAUUUGAAUUCAAACUUAAAAGGACCAGUGAUGCUGGAUGUUUUUACCUGCCCUGUUGUUUAUGACAACAGUUCCCUCAAAAAUUGGACAAUUUACCUGUCAAUACUGUUAAUACAUACAAUAUGACUUCAUACUGUAGGGUCUGUUGUGUACACUGUACGUACGGUAUGUAAUCCGACGGUUCUGUCACAAUGUUGUGGUGUACACUGUACGUACGGUAUGUAAUCCGACGGUUCUGUCUGUGUUUUGCCAGGAUCCUUUACAGCAAAAUAUUUAAAAUAAAUAACAGAAUUCUUUAAUCUUGUUUAGGGUAUUUAUUGCGUUACAUAUACAUAUCAAUAUCAAUUGUAAGCUUAACAAGAAAACAUGAUAUAUGGACAGACAAUAUGCCAGGAAAAAAG